AUGAGUGAAGUGAAAUUCGAAGUUCGCACGACAGAAGAAAAGGGUCGUGGAUUAUUUGCCACUUGCUUUUUGAAAGAAGGAGAUGUUAUAUUUGAAGAAAUACCUAUUGUAAGCUGUCAGUUUGCAUGGAAUGAAGAUUAUGGAUAUCAGGCUUGCGAAUUAUGUUUAAGGCCAUUAGAAACUGCAUUGGAAAAUGUUAAACGUCUUACUUUGAAUGAAUUUACUGAAAUACCUUAUCCAGAAUUAUGUAGUGUUAAAAAGGAAACACAAAUCAGUUGUAUCGGUUGUGGGGUUAAGUACUGCUGUAUGGAAUGUCUACAAAUAGCUUGGAAUAAAUAUCACAGAACUUUGUGUUUGCAAAAACUUCAUCGAGACAACACUCAUCCUUUAGAACAAUUAAAGGAAGCUUGGAAGUAA